GCAGGCCCGCGGAUAGACUUUGUAGAAUCGCGAUACAUAUAUCGUGAAAAUAUCGAAGUAUCGACGGAUAAGCGAGAAGAGCGCUGUUCCCCUCCAUGAGCUACUAAAGAAAAGUGUGUUGCUGUCAGUAGCAAGUAGUCGACGAACGGAGUGUUCGGUCGGCAAAGAGAAAAUACUAUAAGAAUAGUCUGAUCACACCGCUCCGUAUGACAGACGGGGUUGUCAUAUCCUGCCAAAGCGUACCUUCAUCCCCGAAACCUUUGAAGACAUUGGCGCAACAAUGGCGAUGGGCAAAGGGUUUCGCGUCUACGAAAAAUUAAAGCCGCCUAAUCCACACUCUCUUAUAUUGGAGCAACGAAAUCGAAAGGAGACCGUUCUGUUCGAGGCCCAAGCCGUAGCUGUUCUCUCUGCCGAAGAAACUGAAUUUUUGAAGGGCAAAUACACAAAGUUAUUAGAUGCUUAUGGAUGCUUGGGUGUAUUGCAAUUAAACGCUGGAGAGAAUACAUUGUUGUAUCUUGUCCUUGUCACCGGAUGUUUCUCAGUUGGUAAAAUAGGAGAAUCAGAAGUGUUCAGGAUUACUCAGACAAAUUUUGUACCAUUGCAUUAUACGCAAGGCAAUGAGGAUCGGGUGUCUGAAGUUAGAAAGGUUCUUAACUCUGGCACGUUUUACUUUUCUUGGUCUGCUGGAUAUCAAGAAUCUCUUGAUAUCACUCUCAGUGCACAGAGACGAUGCAAGGCCACAACGACUGAUAACAGAUUUUUUUGGAAUCGAAUGCUGCACAUACAUCUGUUGAGAUAUGGGGUGAACACGAGUCACUGGUUACUUAAAGCAAUGUGUGGUAGUGUGGAAAUUCGAACUGUGUAUGUUGGUCACAGACAAGCACGUGCUGUCCUCAUGUCCAGAUUAAGUUGUGAACGUGCAGGCACCAGGUUCAAUGUGAGAGGAACUAAUGAUGAUGGGCAUGUAGCGAACUUCGUAGAAACAGAGCAAGUCAUAUAUUUAGACAAUGAAAUAACUUCUUACGUUCAAACUAGAGGCUCGGUUCCUUUAUUCUGGGAACAACCUGGUGUUCAAGUUGGUUCACAUAAAGUGAAAAUCUCUCGCGGCUUUGAGGCCUCUGGACCAGCUUUUGAUAGACAUGUGGACAUGAUUAAACAACGGUAUGGCCAGCAAGUGAUUGUCAAUCUCCUUGGGUCUAGUCUCAUUGGUAGCAAAGAGGGAGAGGCAAUGUUGAGUCAGUUGUUCCAGACUCAUCACAAUAUGUCGGAACAUAAAGAAGUGCCACACAUUCUAUUCGACUAUCACCAAGAAUGCAGAGGUGGAAACAUGAAAAACCUUUCAAAACUGAAAGCGAAAGUAGAGAAAUAUUUAGAAUCUUUUUCGUUAUUUUAUGCCGCUAAUAACACUGUUAUUCUUGAACAAACGGGAACUAUUCGAACGAAUUGUCUCGAUUGUUUGGAUAGAACAAAUUGUGUACAAACAUUUUUCGCGUUGGAAAUACUUGGUAAACAGCUUGGAUUGUUGAAGCUGCUCGAGAAACAGCAGAUGGUGUCUCGGUUCGAAGAAGUGUUUCGACAAAUGUGGAUUAAUAAUGGCAACGAAGUAAGUAAAAUGUACGCUGGUACUGGUGCCAUUCAGGGAAGUUCGAAAUUAAUGGAUGGUGCAAGGUCUGCGGCCAGAACGAUACAGAACAAUUUACUGGACUCCAGUAAGCAGGAAGCAAUAGAUAUCUUGUUGUUGGGAUCAACUUUGAACACAGAAUUAGCGGAUAGAGCACGAUUACUCUUGCCAUCGAAUAUGUUACAUGCACCACCAAGCGUUCUGAGAGAAAUGUGCAAACGAUAUAACGAAUAUGUGAGUCCAAUGAACCUUAGAGUAGGCGUCGGUACUUACAACGUUAAUGGAGGAAAGCACUUUCGUAGUGUAGUAUACAAAGAUGUCACACUUGCUGACUGGUUAUUAGACGCACCACAUAAAUCGACAUCUCUGGUAUCAGUUGAGUACGACGAUGUUCCUGUAGAUAUAUUCGCAAUAGGAUUUGAAGAAAUUGUUGAUUUAAAUGCUAGUAAUAUAAUGGCUGCUAGUACUGAUAACGCGAAAACUUGGGCAGAGGAAUUACAGAAAGUACUCUCCCGGGACACCGAAUAUGUUCUGGUCACAUAUCAACAAUUAGUCGGUGUUUGUCUCUAUUUAUUCAUACGACCUGUUCACGCUCCUUACUUAAAGGACGUAGCCGUAGAUUGCGUGAAAACUGGAUUAGGGGGCGCAACAGGUAACAAAGGGGCUGCAGCUAUUAGAUGUGUAUUAUAUUCCAUGUCUUUCUGUUUCGUUUGUGCGCACUUCGCUGCUGGACAGUCUCAAGUUAACGAGCGUAACGCAGACUACGCGGAGAUUACGCGAAAAAUUGCCUUCCCUAUGGGAAGAACAUUAAAUACUCAUGACUACGUAUUUUGGUGUGGAGAUUUUAAUUAUAGAGUCGAUAUGGACAAAGAUGAGAUGAAAGAUAUGAUCAAAAGAAAUGAACUGGACCAAAUAUUGCAGUACGAUCAACUGAAGGUCCAACAGGCACAAGGAAACGUUUUCAAAAAUUUCUUAGAAGGUCCUAUCAAUUUUCCACCAACGUACAAGUAUGAUCUUUUUUCCGAUGAUUAUGAUACUAGUGAAAAAUGUCGACAGCCUGCGUGGACAGAUAGAGUCCUGUGGAAACGACGGAAACAAGUACCUGAUAUCGAUUCGCCUACAGAUUGGAAUCCAGGAAAAUUAAUUUAUUACGGUAGAGCAGACCUAAAGCAAAGUGAUCAUAAACCGGUUAUCGCGAUCAUUGACAUAGACAUUCAUUGUGUCGAUCCCGAAAAACGGGAAAAGGUAUUCAAAGAAGUGAUUCAGGACUUGGGUCCACCUGAUGGUACUAUAGUUGUGAAAGCGGUGGAGGAAUCGGACGACAUGGAUAGCGUGUUUGAUGAGAAUUUCAUGAUGGCGUUGCUGCAAGAUUUUUCACACAUCGGUGAGGCGAUCCUCGUCCGAUUCGUCGGUGAGACAAUUUGGGUGACAUUCAGAGAUGGUCAGUGCGCUUUAGCUGCGGCCAAAAAAGGCAUGACUCAAGUAUGUGGUCAGGUUUUAAAACUUUCCUUGAAGUCACCAAACUGGAUGCAAUUAAUUGAAAAAGAAAUAGAGCUCUGCAGUAACACUACUGUUGCGCAAUUCACGUCAAAUUCUCCACUAAAGAGUUCCACGCAAAGAUUGGAGCAAUUAGAAAUAACAGAACGAGCUUCACCCAGUAGAGGAAGUCCAAAUGGAGCAGUUCCACCACCUAGACCAGCCCCGCCAGGUCGACCAUCUCAACCACCUAAGAGUCCGAUUCAAGAUCGAAAACAAGGAACACGGGCUGGUGUAUUCAGCGUAUUGCCCAAUCAAUUUCCGACGCAGUUAACGAGAGAGAGAACAGGGUCUGAACAAAGCGAAAGGCUAUCACCAGAAUCUGCGAUUUAUGAAGAGAUAAUGGACGGAUCUCCUAGUUAUCCGAUACCAAACCGUCCACCGCCGCCGUUACCUCGUACAGAUACAUCCCAAGACUCGUCUAGUAGACCACCUAGUUCUGUUCCUCCUCCGUUACCACAGAGACAAGCUCCUCCUCCACCUCAACAUCCUCCACCUAGUUUACCUGCGUCGAACGUUCCACCACCCAUACCGGCAAGAACAUCUGGUGGACCACCUAUUCCAGCUAGAAAUCCACAUUAAAUAAUAGUACAUGUUGUCUUAUUCUGACACUGGUCGAAUCAUUAGGCGUCAUUGUGUAGCUAAUUAUUUAUGAGUAUUGAUAGAGGUCCUAAGUGAAAUAGAACGCUUUCGAGUAAUGUUGUACAGAGCUGAGUAACUUACCGCAAACCUCAAGUCUAUUCUGUGCUAAGUCAGAACUCUCGUUUCUCUGCACUGUGAGAACAUAUGCUUCCUGUCACCACACCCUUCUAU